AUGGGUGUGCUUUGGAAAACUGUUUCGUUUACACUGGUGUCAUCUACAGUCGCCGCUUCGUAUUACUUUUAUUUUAUUCAUCGAGAUGGAUAUCAGUAUAAGCGAGCACAUUGGAGAAAAAUCGACCAUGAUGUCCAAGAUAUAAUAGAGAAGAGACAAAAAUCGUUGGUGUUCCAAGAGAGAAAUGGAGUGAAUCAAAUACUUAAGCGUGGAGAAAGUCAGGACGUGAUUUACAGACCUAUCAAAGAGACAAUGAAAGAUAUUUGGAAUGAGCAGAUACGAACCGGUGUAGAAUGGAUGUAUUCCAUCGGGAAAUAA